AAUAAAAGGAGAAACAAAAACAAAGAUGGGAUCUACUGAAGAAGAUCAUGAUCGGACACAAAAUCGAGGAGCAAAAAUUACCCAGUUUCCAUUAGAGAGGUUCAAUGCGAAUUUCCUCCUGGAAAUCAAAUUCUAAGCUCUCUUGUAACAAACCCACCAAAAAUGUCAGAAAAAAAACAGACCCUUUUCAUAGCUUCUCUGAUCGUUCUCUGGUACUCAUCUAACAUUGGUGUUCUUCUCCUCAAUAAGUACUUGCUCUCCAAUUAUGGCUUCAUCUUUCCAAUCUUCCUCACAAUGUGUCAUAUGUCAGCUUGUGCUCUUCUCAGCUACAUUUCCAUUGGUUUGUUCAAAAUUGUUCCUCUUCAGAAGAUCAACUCGAAGACCCAGUUCUUCAAAAUCGCUUCUUUAAGCGUUGUCUUCUGUGGUUCCGUUGUUGGUGGUAAUAUAUCUCUUAGGUAUCUACCCGUCUCUUUUAAUCAGGCGGUUGGUGCCACCACGCCUUUCUUCACAGCAAUGUUUGCUUAUCUAAUGACAUUUAAGAGGGAAGCUUGGGUCACGUAUGCUGCGUUGGUACCGGUCGUCGCUGGUGUGGUCAUUGCCAGUGGGGGUGAGCCUGGUUUUCACUUGUUUGGUUUCAUUAUGUGCAUAAGUGCCACUGCAGCAAGGGCCUUCAAGUCUGUUCUUCAGAGUAUCCUACUUUCAUCUGAAGGGGAGAAGUUGAACUCGAUGAAUUUGCUGCUGUAUAUGUCCCCAGUUGCUGUUCUAGUUUUAUUACCUACCACAAUAAUCAUGGAGCCCAAUGUAUUAGACGUCAUUCUUUCACUUGGGCGAAAACACUGGUCAAUGUGGCUACUUCUUUUGGUUAAUUCUGUGAUGGCCUACUCAGCGAACUUAACCAAUUUCUUGGUGACUAAGCAUACAAGUGCACUGACGCUCCAGGUGCUAGGAAAUGCAAAAGGGGCCGUGGCUGUUGUUAUCUCAAUACUUCUGUUUCGAAAUCCUGUAACUUUUGUUGGAAUUGCUGGAUAUUCUUUAACUGUCAUUGGGGUGAUCAUUUAUGGAGAAACAAAGCGGCGGCAUAAAUGAACAAUGAGCCUCUUUCACACCAGAAUGGGGAAUCUUAGUUUUUGUGCAGCCGUUAUAAAAUAGAAGAGAUUGAAGUCAAACAGAUCCUCAACAAAGAUUUUUUGAUGAUUAGAAUAGACGGGAUUGAGUUCCUAGCCUUCCAUUAUUCCAUGUACUGAUUGAGAUGCAGAUUAUUUCCUUUAUUUCUUUUUCUUUUCCAGAAAUUCCUAUGUAGUUGUUGUUGUUAUUUAUGAUCAACAUGAGUGUAUUAUUCAGUAUUAGAUUCACAAAAGGAUUUAUCAUUUUUUAUUGGAGUAAGAAUUUUCAUCAGAUAUGCCUUUUAAAACCAGGUCUAUCCAUUUAUAAGGUGUGUGAGGAAUACUUGUUCCAAGCAUAUCAAAGCAAUGUUGUGGUUCGUUCGGUUGU